GUACGAUAAAUGGGUGUAUAUGAGAACUGCAUUCACAUCCCUGUUACAGUAUCACUUAAUCACUUGGUCUUUUCUCCUGGAUGUACAGGCUGGAUCUAAAACAGGGCUUCCUGAUUCUUAGCUAACCGUCCUGUGCAGGUAAAAACGAGAAAAACUGUGAUUUCAGUAUUCUGCAUAGACUUUGAUCUCCAUAUUCCUCGUGUAUGCUCAGCAGUGAAGGAAUCUACAGACAGAUAUUAGAACAACGACUGAUACAACCAUUGAUCUGCGUUUACCGAUGAGUCUAUUUAACCUGGCCUACCUGGAUCCUGUCUUAAGGUAAAGUGUCAUCUGUACGUUUAUUUAUUAGCUGAUUUUCCAAAAUGCUGACUGCAGGGACUUUUAAUACUACAACCUGACAGGUGAAUUAUAUUUAUAGAACGCAAGUUAGCACUUUAUUUAAGUAUGCCUCUCGUUACCUGCCAGAAAGCACAGAGUCUCUCAGAGAUUAUAUGUUCAAGAGCAGCGGAAGGCAACUUUCAGCAUGCCAGAUGCUGUGAACUAUAUUUCCUGUGAUGCUUUGCCAGCAUUUUGGCUCUAACAGCAUAAUGGGAGAGGUAGUCCACAACAUCUGGAGUGCCGAUGGUUGCCUACGCCUGCACUAGACCAUCACUGGAACUGUGGCUGGGAAUGGUUGGUAAAAUGCAGUUGGAUUUUUUAUUUUUUUUUUGGAUAGUGUAGUUUGGGAUGUUACCCUCGAGAUAAAAGAUGGGUGACCAUUGGCUGUCAAUUAAAAAAUCUGCUUUGGCAUCACUUAUCUGGGUUUCAAGGGGUAAUAACUAAUGGUAAAACAUGGGUUGGCAUAGCACAGCCACAGCAGUGAGCACGUUCGCUGAACAUGGUCAUGGGCUGUGAACAGAUUUUGUAGUCAAUGUUUGCGAAAUUUUAAUAAUAUGGUUAAUUAAGCCUUAGCGUUCCAUCAGGGUGAAUACUGUAUUGCUGCAUGGCAUGGGGGGCUGUGGGAGUAAGGACAGAUAUUAAGAGUCACCCCCUAAUAAUGUAGUGUUUUAGAUGGAUAUAUAGACAGAAAGAUAGUUAGUCUCCUUCUUUCUCCCCCUUUGUAGAGGAGACUUUAGAUAUUAUAACUUGGUGUCCACACUCACUAAUGCAACAGACAUCUCUGGAAGAAGAAAAAUGAAAAAUCAGAAGCAAAUCCAUCCAUCUUCCAUACAGAAUAUUAUCAGUUGAAGACAUUAAAUGGCAAUCUUAUCGCUUAUUUUUAUGGGACACUGAGAGAUCUUUAACCCCUUAAGGACACAUGAUUCCCUUUUAUUCCAGAAGUUUGGUCCUUAAGGGGUUAAAGGAACUCUUUAUGUGUUCUUUUAUAACUUCAGAUUAAUCAGUCUCCCUUUCAAAAAUGUAAUGGGGGAAAAAACUCCUUAAAUGUACCUGUAAUCCAGCACUGAGACAAACUCCUCACUGUGGCUGUUUCUCCCUCGCUGGAGUUAUCAAGAUUAAUUUAUGUCCAAUCAAAUGAUUUUCAGAGAACAUACAGCUCAUGUGCAGAAAUCUCUACAAUCGAUCCAAUGCGUCUCAUAGAGAAUCAUCGGACUGACACUGAGCGCCUGGUGCGUCUGGUACUUUGCAUGCUGAUUUGUAGAUUAUUUUGUAAUCUAUUUUAUAAUGAAACUCCUAGUGGCUGUCUCUCUGACAGCCACUACAGGAAUGGUGAUUACAGAAUGUAAACAUUGCGUUCUCUGCAUUAAGAUUAAGAGGUUUUGGUGCUUAGAGUGUCAAUAUAACUUACUGUAAAUAAAUUAAAAUCUGGAGAGAUUAGUACAAUAUGGGAGAGGGGGUAGCAGUGGAGCCAGGCUCCCAAGAUAUUUGUCCGUGGAAUGGGGCCACUGAUGCUUGCAGAGCUACUUCUAAAUCAUAUUACUGAGCUGUGGGCCAAAGUUACAGUACAGCAGUAUCCUUGUGAAUGGCAAUACCAGAUAACAAUUGAUUGCAUCAUGGGUCCCAUCAUGCUUGGUGUUCACUUUUUUAAAGGUAAAAAUUAGAAAUUAGAAGCACAAGAACAUCAGUGGAAAUUGCUGAUUGUCACAUUACCUAACGGCUUAGUAAAAACACCUUAAAACAGCCCACUGUGGUGAUUAUGAUGUGAGGAGUAGUAAAGCUGACUGUGACGUUCACCGUGCUUCUGCGGAUCCAGAUACUGAUCCUGCUGGCCGUUCAUUGGCUGACUGCUUUCAGCCAGUAAUUGCGGCUCUGCGCACAGGAAAAUGCGUAGAAUUUACAUUAGUUCACUCAAAACGCUAGUGCCAGUGACGCAGCCAGAGAUGGAGAUAUAUGUCCGGCAGCAGAAGGGUUUCUCUUCGUAUGUGCAGCUUUUCAUAUCAAAACGUGGCACAUACAGACUCCAGACACCAUGACCACUUCAAAUCACCGAAAUGAUCAUGGUGCUUGGAGUAUCCCUCAUAAUAAUGUUUAGCCAUUCUUUUACUCUACUGUUCGCUAGUAUGUAGCCAAAUAGAUUCUAAGAAAGAGGUUUUGUAAUAAACUCUAUUUGUUAUUUAUAUAAGCAUAUAGUUGCACCUUCUCAUGGCUAGAAUUGAGCAAUCUCCAUGCAUAGUAAUGUACAGAUCACUUGGCAGGUACAUUAUUUUAUUUCACUCCCUGAUUACCCAAUCUACGACAGGUUUCAUGUGAUUGCUAAGGAGGAGGGGCGCUCUGCUGUUAAUCUUUGUUGUAGCCGUUGUUUCAGUUCAGUCUCUUCAAAUAUUACUUUGUUUCCACAUGUUUUCCCACAAUGCACAGCAAAAGGUGUGUAUUAGUAGCUGUAAAAAUAGUCCAUUUAUAUUAUUACAUUCACUACCUGAAGGCAUACAGAGCAGCUGCAUUGCAGAAUGACACCAUACAAGAUACACGUCGCUAGAUUCCCAUAAAUGCUGUCAUAUCAAAGUUAUAAAAGAGUCAAUUUGUUUAAUAAAGAUGUAGGAUAUUCUUCUUACAUUCAAAUAUGUUUUUUUUUAAAUAGGAUAUUUUCAAAGCUUACAAAAUACGUUUAGAAUGGACAAAAUAAACCUUGAGAAAAUAUAAAAAUACACACAGUCAUACAAAGGUUUACAUAUAAUACUAUGAAAUAUCUUUCUAUCAUCUUGCCAGAUUGUAAACAGUCUUGAUAGAUAAAUACAUAAACCCUUACAAACCCUAGACGUAGAAAAUUCGAUACAUCAGAAGAGACAAUAUAUGGGAAAGAAAUACAAAAACCCCCCCAAAAUUUAAAGGAUCACUAUAGGGUCAGGAACACAAACAUGUAUUCCUAACCCUAUAGUGCUAAACCCACCAUAUAGGUGGCUUGCCCCCCCAUUUAGCCUCCCUAUAAAAGUUUUAAACGCAAUUUAUUUCCAGAGCUGCGCGGGUCUGCCAGCGCUGGCUCCACCCCAUUUGUUACAUCAUCAAAAUGGCCAAUAGGAAAGCAUCACUACUUCUGAUGAUGUCAGCCAAGGAGGCAGAUCAGGAGCAAAGCCAAUAGCACUAGACUGGAAUAAAGGUAAGAUUUUACUAUAUUUAGGGAGGCUAGAUGGUGUUUGUAACACUAUAUGGUCAGGAAUACAUGUUUGUGUUCUUGGCCCUAUAGUGUUCCUUUAAUAUAUAAUAGAUUGUUUAAGAUAGGAUCUUCAAAUAUUAAUUUGGAUCUUAGAAAAUCUGCUAUUCUUAGAAAGGUAUAAUAUUCUUUUGAAAGCAGUUUAAAUUUAUUUUAUAAUAGGCAAAAUAAACUUAUAUUAUUAUUAUCGAUCAAAUCUUUCCAAGUUCUCAGAUAUUAAAGUCAACAAGAUAAAAUGCAAUUAUUAUAUGUGUAUCAACAAAUCCUUAUUCUUAAAAAUGUUGUUUAUUAAUCAUAAUAUAAAGUAAUAGGUAUCAGAAAUAAUCUUAUUAGUAUUCAUUUUUUUAUAUUUUUCCGGUUUAACCCCUUAAGGACAGAUGACAUGUGUGACAUGUCAUGAUUCCCUUUUAUUCCAGAAGUUUGGUCCUUAAGGGGUUAAACCAAUAUAUCAUAUAAUGGCUCAACAUUAUUAAAUAGAUACCAUAAAAGGGGGGGGGAGGGUUUCUUUGUUCAUAUUCCAGGCCAAAUAAUGAGUAAACAUAAUUGCAUCAGCUACUUCCAUAAUAUUUGAAAAAUACACACUGCCCUCAUCAAAUGUUUGUCUGACAGAAAGAUCAAAUUGUAAUGGAGAUAAUGGCCAUCCUUGGCGAGUUCCAUUACUUAUUUUAAACCGAUCCGAAUUUGCUCCAUAUCCCGUAACUAUGGCUGAAGAACUUGUAUACAGGGUUUAAAUGAGUUUUUUGAAUAGACCAGUUAUUCCAAAAAGCUCCAGAACCGCGUCGAAAUAUCUCCAAUCAACACAAUCAAAUGCCUUUUCUGCAUCUUAGGCUGUAAAGGCUCUGCCGAUCUUUAAAUAAUAAAAACUACUUGAUUUUGUUGUAGUUGCUGUUAGUGCUGUAUCUAGCGCAAGGCUGACAAGGCACUUGCCUUGGGCACCACUUUCAGGGGGGCGGCAAAAUAAGCCACCCCCCAUGCCCUGGCAAAUGCCUUGCCAGCCUCUUGUCCUGGGGGUCCAAGAGCUGGCCACCUCAGGGCCCCCCUGAGGCUGGCAUGCGCUAAUGUUUCAUGCGGGCGGCGAGGGAGCACUCUUCCCUAAACUCUACCUGCUCAACUCCCUUGCGCGCACCGCAGUGAUGUCGGAGCCGGAAUAUAACGUCACUCGGGCCCAGGGAUCACUAAAAGGCGCACAAGGGUGCUGAGCGGGGAGAUCAGAGCUCCCUUGCCGCCCGCCUCCACUGCUCACCUGUCUGCAAGAUCUCCUGACCGCCCGCCAACUUGCAGCCAGCCCCACUGUACUAUAGGGAAAAAUAAACUCCAGAACUCCAAAAGGUAGGAGGCUGGGUGGAUUGAAAUAUAAUUUUUGUGUGUGUUAGUGUAUGUGUUUGUGAGUAUUAGUGUGUGUCUGUUAGUGAGCGUGUGUCUGUUAAUAUGUGUGUGUGUUUGUUAGUGAGUGUUAGUGUGUCUGUUAGUGAGUGUGUUAUCUGUUAGUGAGUGUGUUAGUGUUUGUCUGUUAGCGAUUGUUAGUGUGUCUGUUAGUGAGUGUUAGUGUGUGUCUGUUAGUGAGUGUGUUAGUGUGUGUCUAUUUGUAUAAGUGUGUGUCUCUUAGUGAGUGUGUGUGUCUGUAAAUGUGUCUGUGAGUUUUAGUGUGUCUGUUAGUGAGUGUUAGUGUGUCUGUUAGUGUUAGUGUGUGUCUGUUAGAGUGUGUAUGUGUUAGUGAGUGUGUGUCUGUCACUGAGAGUGUAUAUGUAUUUGUCAGUGAGUGUGUAUGUGUUUGUCAGUGAGAGUGUAUAUGUGUUUGUCAGUGAGUGUACAUGUGUCUGUCGGUGAAUACGUAUCUGUCAGUUAGUGUAUAUCUGUGUCUGGCGGUGAAUUGAGCAUGUGUGUAACUGUGAGUGAAACUAUGAAUGAGUGAGUGUGUAUGUCUGUGAAUGUGUGUUUCAGUGAAAGUGUGUUUUGGUUAGAUAAUGUGUGUGACAAUGACUGUGUAUCUGUGAGUGUAUGACAGUGCAUGCAUCAGUGAGGGCGUGUGUCUGUCAGGAAGCGAAAUUUGGAGUGGGUGAGGGGUGGGCUUGCCUGAGUUUUGUCAUGCCUAGGGCAGCACAAAACCAGAAUACACCACUGACUGUUGUAUCAGUUGAGUCACUUCACAUACUACUCUGUUUCCACAUGUUUUCCCACAAUGCACAGUAAAAGAUGUGUAUUAGUAGCUGUAAAAAUAGUCCAUUUAUAUUAUUGUAAUCUCUACCUAAAGGCAUACAGAGCAGCUGCCUUGCAGAAUGACACAGUACAAGAUACACCUCUGUAAAUUCCCAUAAAUGCUGUCAUAUUAUAAGCUAUAAGUGAGUCCUCUAGAUUAACAAAGAUAUAGGAAUUUUAUUUGAACAUACUUGCCAAUAGUCCAGAAUCUAGCAGAUCAGUCCUGAUUUUGGACACCUGUGCACAGUACUAGUUAUUGAACAAUAUACACCUUGUUCCAAAUUAUUAUGCAAAUUAUAUUUUUCUUAUUUACCUAAAUAAUUGAUGUAUUAUUUACAUCAAUUAUUUAGGUAAAUAAGAAAAAUAUCAUUUGCAUAAUAAUUUGUCAGCAUAAUUCUCAUGUUAUCAACUAUUAAGAGUACAAUUCAAAUUUUAUUGAACAAACCUCCUAACGAUAACAGUAUUUUUUUAAACAUAAAAAACAUACAAUGCACUGUUCUAAAUUAUUACACACAGUAAGUUUCAAAACACUUUAUAGGUUGUAAUGAACUGAAAAUUGUCAUUUGUUGUGUUUGCAGCAUAUUUACUGAAAUCAAAAGCUAUUUCAAUCAAACUUAUAACAACAUUUUUAACUUUUUAAACAUUUUAACAGGUCACGUUGCAUUUUAACAUAGGACCCCUUAUUUGAUAGCAGCUUCACAACUCUUGCAUCCAUUGAACUUGUGAGUUUUUGGACAGUUUCUGCUUGAAUUUGUUUGCAAGAUGUCAGAAUAGCCUCCCAGAGCUGCUGUUUGGAUGUAAACUGCCUCCACCCUCAUAGAUCUUUUGCUUGAGGAUGCUCCAAAGGUUCUCAAUAGGAUUGAGGUCAGGGGAGGAUGGAGGCCACACCAUGACUUUCUCUCCUUUUAUUCCCAUAGCAGCCAUUGAUGCAGAGGUGUUCUUUGCAGCAUGAGAUGGUGCAUUGUCAUGCAUGAAGAUGAUUUUAUUACAGAAAGCAUAGUUCUUCCUUCUGUACCAGGGAAGAAAGUGGUCAGUCAUAAACUCCACAUACUUUGCAGAGGUCAUCUUUACACCUUCGGGGACCCUAAAGCUCUCUUCCCAUGAUUCCGGCCCAAAACAUGACCACCACCGCCUUGCUGAUGUCACAGCUUGUUGGAACAGGGUGGCCGCCCACCAACCAUCCACUACUCAAUCCAUCUGCACCAUUCAGGGUUGCACGGCACUCAUCAGUGAACAGGACUGUUUGAAAAUUAGUCUUCGUGUAUUUUUCUGCUCAAUGCAGCCGUUUCUGCUUGUGAGCAUUGGUUAGCGGUGGCCAAGUAGAAGGUUUAUGCACAGUUGCAAGACUCUGGAGGACUCUACACCUUGAUGUCCGUGGGACUCCAGAGGCACCAGCAGAUUCAAAUAUAUAUUUGCUGCUAUGUAAUGGUAUUUUAGCAGCUGUUCUCUUGUUCCGAUGCAUGGAUCUGGCAGAAAUCUUCCUCAAUGUGCCUUUAUCUGCAUGAACCCGUCUGUGCUCUGAAUCAGCCACAAAUCUCUUAAUAUUGUGAUGAUCACGCUUAAGUUUUUGUGAAAUAUCUAAUGUUUUCAUACCUCGUCCAAGGCAUUGAACUAUUUCACUCUUUUCGGCAGCAGAUAGAUCUUUUUCUUCCCCAUAUUGCAUGAAAAUGGUGCUCUGCUUAAUAAUGUGGAACACCCUCCUUUAGUAGUUUUUCCUUAAAUUGGGCUCAAUUGGCAAUCUAAUUAUCACAGGUGUCUGAGAUUGUUUUCAGUGAUCAAAGAAGCCCUGAGACACAAUGCCAUCCAUGAGUUAAACUGAAAAACAAAAUAUUUAAUCUUUGUGACACAAAUAGAAUUUGCAUAAUAAUUUGGAACAGGGUGUACUAAUUUAUAAAAUUAAGUACUUUUUUAGCACUAUUGACCAGGUAUAUACAGAGAUUAUUUUUCUUCAAAAACUUUAACUAGCCAAAUUCAGGCAAACAAAGCCUUGAUGACUUACGCAGGAUAGCUGGAGGACAGUUAGACUCACAUUAAAUCAUGCAAAGGCACAGCUGGCACACCCGUGUACACGCCUGUACCAGUGAUGUAUAAUGCAUCACUUCACUUAUCCUGUUUAAUGUUGGAAUCUAUACACGAGUUCCCACAGAAUUUCAAUGACUGAGUUUCCUGACUGACUAUUGUAAAUGUGCAAAUUGUGUUUGGUUUUUGUUUGUUUUUUGGCAUUCUUUAUUUUUGUAGUGCAGUGAUUGACAAACACACUUGUAAUGACAUAUCUACAAGUUGAAAUAAGACAUGAAAAUUUACAUUUUCCAUACAGGGCAUGUCAAGAGUUUAUAGAAAGAAAACUAUAGCUUAGGUUAGCUAAGCUGCCACGUCUGGAGAAUACGAGUAGGUAUGAGUACUGUUAAACAUGUUAUGAAAUAAAAAAAAAGGUAGGCUAUAACAAGAGGAAGAAAACAAGGAGCAAAUAAAAACACAGGAAUCAACCGCAUGGUAGAUAAACCGGGAUGAAGCUUAUGUUGUCAGUUUCGCAUCAGUGAACCUAGUGUACUUUCACCGAUUCCUGAUUUGCUGGGCUCUUGAAAGAAGAUCACAGGUGUGGAGGUGAGGGUUGCAUGGGAGCCCCGAAGAGAAGCCUGCAUGCACAAGCCACAAAUCUCUCCUGUACAGUAGCCACCAUCUUGAUGGGUCAAAAGAAUCAGAGUUCCAGAACUCCAAGCCCUGGCUAUCCCCAAACUGCUGCUCUGAUUCAGGCCCUCUGGGCCCAGAGAGAGUAAUAGUGCCACGUUCCUUCGGCAUCCGUUGUGUAGGUAAAGGCGCUCUCUGGCCUGUCAGGUUACCAGGAGGCCUCGAGGGCAGUGUGCACUGGGGCAGGUAGAUAGUUUGUGUUGGUGUGUCUGGGAAAUGCAAGCAGAUUGCCAGGUCACACUGCUGCCUUGCCUCUAUGUUAGCCCAAAAUCUUGUAAAGAUGAAAUUCAGCUUAAUCACAGUCUCGACAAAGCCUCUAGUUGUGAUCGCCGCCAACUUAGAAGCCACUCGGCACCCCUGCACACAACAGCUCUAGGUGCCAAGAGUAGCUGUGGGUGAUCUCUUGGGACUGGGAUGCCCUCCACCAGUCCAAGGGGGGGGGGUGGGGGGAAGGAAGUGCAGAAGUCCUCUCAGUAUAACAAAAUGCAGCUUCUGGAGAGCGGCUGUCCUUCCGACACCUGUCAGGCUUGAAGGCCACAAAAUGUAUAGGGUACGUUUUAGGAAAGCACCGGAUCUGGUACAAAAUGAUUCACCAGGGUCCCCACUUUGUGGUAAGUCAUGUUUUGUGGUGAAAACUGCAAGAUGGCAGGUAUAAAAAGCUUGUUAGGCAAGCUUUGUUCAGGAGCUUGCUUAGCAUGUGUCCACUCUGCCAGCCAGUCUGGCCCAGCCACGAUUAUUGUCUUUUUUAAAAAGGACAUCCAUUCAUUUCUGAGAGCAGUGUUCCUCUAGAACGAGCUGUAUGUAACAAAAGGAUAUAUAGUGUAGCAAUGCGCCAUUCAACUGGUACAAGGGCGCGGUAUAUAGGGCACUGGGAGAAAACCCUUUUCAUGUCCAGUAAGUACAAACCUUUGUAUAGAUAAGUUUCUGGGUAUGAAAUAAAAUUAUUUUAGUGCAUUGCAUAGUCAGUGAAUUUAAUUAUGCAAAACAAACAAUCAAAAUAUAAAAAGAUACUUUACUUUAAAGUGCCUUUGUUUUUAUUAAGGUAGGCGCACAUGAUACAAAGUACGCAUGUCAAGAGAUGCCAUAGAAUUAUAUGUGAUUUUUCCCGUGUGCUAGAUAAAAAUAGAAAAAACAGAACAGAACACCAAGAUUUUGAGUAAUGUUAAAUAAAAUAUUAUUAGAUUAAAUAAUGUGUCAGGCGUUGCUUCAUAAGGGGAAAGCUCCAACCAGCAAGCAAUAAGCUAGUCUGUCAAGAGACAAACUGUAUGUAACCAAAAAGAGCAGAUAUGGCCUCCAUGGAGAGUGUAUGUUGCGGGGGGGUUACAUCACAAGAACAUUGGUGACAAGAGAAUGACAGAUAAGAAAGCUAUAAAUUGAAAUAAAAUAAAUAAAAAGAGGAAUUCUCUAUAGUCAUAUUAGUCAUAAAGAAACACUGAAUAUGUACUAGAAACUAGUAGAGGCAAACUAGAUAUAUUCUGGUCAGUCCCUUCCAUGUGCUUUGGAGUAAAUGGAACAUCUCUAUCAUUGUCCCAAUGAUAAGCAUUUUUGGAGGACACCUGGAGUUUUAGUGGGUCACCCAGGCCUACAAGACUCGUGCCAGGUAAGUGUGGCUUAACAAAGAUCCUCUAAAAAGGAGUGUCACAGGAGUUGUAUCCCAACGCGCACGAAAGAGGAAACCCACAAAAGGUGGAUCCAAAAGGCGUAUUACCGAUCCUUAGACUUAAUGUAUUAAUAUAACGAGAAUCAAGGUCAAGGAUACAGAAAUACACAAAGUCAAGACAAGGCCGGGUCAGGAUACCAGAAAAUACAAGUCAAAUACGAAGCUGAGGUUAGGAUACCAGAAAUUACAAGGCCAAUACGAAGCUGGGUCCGGAUACCAGAAAUCACAAGGUCAAUACGAAGUCGAGGUCAAACACAGAAAAUCACUAGGGAAUCACUAGGAGCGCAAAGCAAUGAAUCACACACACAAAGGGCAAUGAAUGGGGGCUAAAACAAGCCUUAAAUAAGCUUACCUAUUUUUCUGAUAGGUCCACAGCGACCCAAAAUAGAUUAGGAUCGCAAUGAUGACGUGGUCACUUUAAGAGUGGGCGUGAUUUCAUGUCUAUAUUUAUAGACGUCCUACAUCACGGCAGGAGGAGGUCUUCGUGUCUCGAUGGAGGUAAGUAAUGCCACACUAAUACUUACAGCUAGGGUUAAAAAAAUUACCUCUACAUGCUUGGAAGAUGUUCCAACAAUCGGGUUGAGCAUUAAGUCAAAAUAUGCCAUUCAGAUGUACUGCUUUGACUUGUUUAGGAGAAAGCAUUGUGGAGAAGAGCCAGUGGACAUAUUGGGAAUGCUCCAUAAAAUCAACAAUUUCUGCAAUGCUAUCUUCAAAUUGUGUCAAAAUUGUUUAUCAUCUAAGAGAGAUAUCUUGGCCGGGCAUCUUGCACCUGGUGGCAUUAUCAGGUAAAUGGUGCAGCAGAGGAGUGAGCCUGCCAAAUAUGUACAAAGUCUUCCUUAAAUGCUUUACUUGAAGGUGUGAAUAUCCUCACGGACCACUGCUAGGUGAGCUUAGAAUAGGUUACGUCUCGUCAGAGGUCUUUAAAUAUAUCAGCCUUGGUUGCAAGAGUUCAUUCUUCAUCCUCUAAUAAGAUCUCCAUGUCCACUGUAGCUAGAAUAGGGUCAACGAUUUCCAAAUCAUGUUCUUCAAACAAGACAGUAGGAGUCCUGAGAUGUGGAGUUGACAUAUUGGGCCUCUACUUCGAGCAAAAUAAGUCCCCAAUAUCUUGGGGUUUAUCUCCCUUCUCUUCUUACCUUUUGGGAUAUUUUCCCUAUGGGUGCUGGUGAUAUCUAAUAGCACUAGUUUGGUUGAAUAUUAUUAUUAUUAUUUUAUUAUAUUUUGUAACCUUCCAAAAUCGAUCAGGCCAAUCCUGUUCUGAACUGCAUCAAUUUGAUGAUACAUAAAAGUGUCAGUUAAUGCGUUAAGUGUUGAUGCACCACAAUAAAACCUUGAAUAGAUUUAAUCAUUUUUGGUAGACUUUUUCUCCCCUCAUGUCUACAAUUUGUAGGUUACAGAUAAAGGCAUGUACCUUUUGAGAUGUCCUGUUCCAGAAGGGAAUUUUUUUCCUACAUCUGUUCUUGAUUCAGCUGAUUCAACAAAAAUAAAGUAGCACACAAUAUACAAAUAAUUUGAUAGGGCACUUAGAGCUCUCAUAAAUAGAAGGUAGUCUUUACCAAAUGUAGCACUGAAGGUUUAAUUCACAGUCUGCCCACAAUAUAUCUCUGCGAUCAGUCUGUAUUUCCAAGGUGCAGAUAUUGUAAUUCAUUGCAAUUGAUUGUUGACCCAUGUACAAUAGUCUAGUUUAUAAGUGAACACUUAUUUAGAGCAAGAGUGUUGUCAAAUCCAUACAACAAAUGUUUGUAUGAGCUAUUCCAAAGGAUUUUACAUAGUUGCUUAAUCACAUACUUCCGACUUGGGACUCACUCAGAAGAACCAGAACCUCUAAAUACAGUAUUGAGGAACAUCUAUAACGUUAGGAAUAAAAACGUGUGUUCCUCAGGUUAUAAUGUUCUACUGUCCAUUUAGAUUCAGGGGUAAAGUCUCUCUUAAUUUAAUUUAAUUUGAAUUAAGUAUUUUACUGACAAGACUCACUCCGUAUAACUGCCCUCUGCGCCUCCGUUGCCAUCUUCCUGAAUGCUGUCUACUCUUUGUCUUCUCUUCCAAUCAAAUGCUACUUAUAGCAAAGUAUUAAAUCCAAUGCUUCCUUGUGAUAAGCAUUAGAGGUCGUCAACGUCCUCCAGAAAACAGCCACUAGAGGUGUGUUAUGGUAACAUAAAACCAUUGACAUCUGUUCAGCAGGACAAUGCUUUACAUUGCAGGAAGAAAAUGACAGGACCUCUGCACCCAGACAACUUCAUUGACCUAUAGGGAAGUUAUCAAUAAAUGUCAAGAACCAGAAAAAGAUUGUAUUUCGUACACCUCAAAAACUCCAUACUGAAUUAACCAUUUUAAAAUAUUACUAUUUCUGUACAAUGUACACACUGCUAAAGGAAAUCAAUUCAUUAUGUUGAGUCUUAUGGACAAAAGCUACCGUGGUAACUUCCAUCUCUCCUCAUUUGUAUGUAUUGGACACCGGCUUCUUGAUAUCGUUCACAUGGUGCCAUUUGUUUUCUAGAUAUCGGAUUUCAAUCUUGCUCUUACUUGGACAUUCGACAUCUGUGGCGUUUGGGUUUCCCCAUUGUGCAAAGAACAUACUUGAAUCCAAGUCAUUGAAGAGCGAUAAAGAAGGUAUUACAGCAUCAAAAUGAAAGCAUAGCUGAUAUUUUCCAGUUGAGCUGUUUUGACCUUAAAAAUUCACUUUGAAUUAUAAACUGGGUAUGAAUAUUUCAGUGGAGACAUUUAAGGAAGGCAAUUCUUGAAUAUUUGUAUUUUGAAACAUACUGUCAUUUAGCAGAGAGAGAGAAAGCAUUCAGGGCACUCCGUGACCACAGCAAGAUAAUAAUGAAAAUGGUAAAGUGUAACUAUAAUAGUUUAGUGGAUUUAGACAAUCUAUUCCAGAGGAAUUAUCUAGAUUGUUAAUUAUGCUAUUGUAAUUCACUAAUGUAUGAAUUGCCUGGAAUUACAAUUAUUUAUACAGUGCCAACAUAUUCUGCGGCGAUGUACAAUACGUGAACAAGACUAGCAAAACACGCAAGUAAAGGACGCCCUGCCCAAAUAAGCUUGCAAUCUAAAAUUUAAUGUGAAUAGGUCAACUGAAAAAUUCACUUUGAAUUGUGUUUAAAUCCAGUUCACGAGAAAGAAAAAGGCAACGAUCAUGGCCAGAAAACCAAUUUCAGGGUUUCUAAAUGCUGAGCUUAUAACGUUUAAAGUCCCAGAGGAUUGUGUGAUGAUUGGUUACUGGGCGUAGUCACCCGUUAGUAAAUAAAAACCUCUGAGCUGUGUUUCCCAACCCAGUCUUCAAGGCUCCCCAAAUGGUAGAUACAGAAAUUGGAAAAUAUCUGUAUCUAUUGGAUGCAGUGUGUGAGGGGUGCAGUGUGAGUGUGUGUGUAUGUUUGAAGAGUUCAGUGUGACUGUGGGGAAGUUGUGUGUGGGUGUGUAGUGUGUGAGCAUUGCAGUGUGGGUGUGUGAGGGUUGCAGUGUGUGUUUGAGGAGGACAGUGUGUGAGCGGUGCAGUGUGUGUUUGUCAGAGGGCAGUGUAUGUCAGGUGGCAGUGUAUGUCAGGAGUGCAGUGUGUGUGUGAGUGUUGCAGUGUGUGUGUGUGUGAGGGGGGAAAUGUGUGUACGGAGGCAGUGGGGGUGUAGUGUGUGUGUGUUUGUGAUGGGUGCAGUGUGUUUGUGUGUGGGGGCAAUGUGUGUAUGGGGGUGCAGUUUGUGUGUACGGGGGUCAAUGUGUGUGAGUGAGGGGGGCAGUGUGAGUGAGGGGUACAGUGUGUGGGUAAAGGGUGCCGUGUGAUUAGUGCAGUUUGUGUGUAUGAGGGACAUUGUUUGCGUGAGGGGUGCCGUAUGUGUGUAUGGGGGGGCAGUGUGUAUGUAUGAGGGGCAUUGUUUGUGUAAGGAGUGCAGUUUGUGUUUAUGGGGUGCAGUGUGUGUGUAUGAGGGGCAGUGUUUGUGUGAGGGGUGCAGUAUGUGUGUAUGGGGGCAGUUUGUGUGUGUGUGGGGCAAUGUGUGUAUGGGGGCAGUGUGUGUGUAUGAUGGGCAUUGUUUGUGUGAGGGUUGCAGUAUGUGUGUAUAGGUGGCAGUGUGUGUGUAUGAGGGGCAGUGUUUGUGUGUGGGGGGGACAGUUUAUGUGUGUGUGUGUGUGUUUGUGUGAGUGGGCAGUUUAUGUGUAUGGGGGGCAAUGUGUGUAUGGGGGGCCGUGUGUGUAUGAGGGGCAGUGUUUGUGUGAGGGGUGCAGUAUGUGUGUAUGGGGGGGCAGUGUGUGUGUAGGAGGGGCAGUGUCUGUGUAACAGAGGCAGUAUGUGUGUAUGGGGGGUCAGUUGGUGUAUGUAUGGGGGGUCAGUUGGUGUGUGUGUGUAAGUGUUUGUGUGAGGGGACAGUUUAUAUGUGUGUGGAGCAAUGUGUGUAUGGGGGGCAGUGUUUGUGUGUGACACACAUUUACACAUUCUUGCACACAUUCACAUCAUUGUAUUUAUCCCUGGGGUCCAGUGGGGAUCUGCUAUCUGGAGAUCUCCUUCCUGCUCCUCACUGCUUCUUUACGCGCGCAGUUUAGUGAUGCCAGGUGCCAGAAUAUGACGUCAUAUUCCGGCACCACUACAGACGGCGCGCGAGGGUGCAGGAAGACUGAGCUCAUCCAGCGACCUCUCAGAGUCCCGGAUGGGUAAAUUUUAGCAGAGUAGGCACCUGCAAUGAGGAGAAAGCAGGUGCCUACUCUGCUUUAACACUAAGCAUGUACUCACAGCUCGCCGGGCUGCAAAGAUGUCCAUUGUGGGCCGUAUGCGGCCUGUGGGCCGCUAAUUUGACAUGCUUGCUCUAAAGUCAUACCAGCCCUAAAAGUUACUCUCCACUGUAAGCCAUAGUAUAUUCACCAGUAGUGAAAUUUCACUUGCCAAUGGCUAGUGUUUUGUGGAAUUAUCGAGCCCCUAUUUAGAAAUAGCUAUUUUGUUAUAUCAUAAUUAUUUAUAUGUUUAUUUUAUUCACUGUCACCAAAUCAGUCUUUUGGUUUCCUUUGUAUAAUGGUUUUGCCUACGGCUUUCUUUUAGUCUCUCUGUAUGUUUUGUGAGUUAGAUUGAUUGCCUGUGUCACAUUUAUUUAUUUUGUAAAUGUUGAUUUAUUUUUUUCAGUGUUUACCAGUGAAGAAGAUGCCAGCAGUUUUCUUAGACGUCGUUUACUUUACAACCAGUUUGACUUUGAAAUGUUUGUCUCCGGCAAUCUGGAGAGAGAAUGUAACGAAGAACUGUGUAGCUAUGAGGAAGCCAGGGAAAUAUUUAAGGAUCAAGAUGCAACGGUAAUUUACAUUUUAUUUUGUUCAAACAAAAACUUUAGGGACUAUAGGGUAACUUUGGCCCCCUCCCUCACCUGCCCCUCUGGCAAGUAAAGCAUUAAAUAACCCUUUUUUUUUUAACUUACCUGAUUCUAGCACUGAUAUCCCUCAGGCUCCUCUGCCGACAUUAGACAAUGGAGGGGGGGUAGUUAAUGAGAGUGGGCAUUCGGCCUUCCCCAGAGGAAAGCAUUGACUCGUGGUGUUUUUAGAAGACACUGAACAUCAUCGUGCAAAGCAUGAGGACAUCUAGCAUUGUUUCAUGGAGUCAAACUCUGUGUAAGGCCAAGAAGUGCUCCUAAUGGCUGUCUAAGGCAGUCUUAACCCUGGAACUGUGCAUCUGCAGUGCUAAGGAGACAGGGACACCACAUCAAUGAGAUAAAGUAGUCUGGGUGCCUAUAGUGUCCCUUUAAUAGAUUUAGGUGGGUACGUUAAUUUGAUUAUCUAGUUAUAUUAAUUUGUAUAAUGUUUAAUUGAAUGGCAGUGUAAUUGAAUUGUAUUCCUAAUAAACGCAUGCAUACUUAGUACAGCAAUACAAUGCUCCCUGGCAUAGCACAGGUGGGUGUGUACCUGCAAUUUAUCAGAGCUCAAAAUGGACCCAGCUACGUAACAUCUCCCAGUGGCCUGCUAUUGCACAGAUCCCUCUCUAUGUUUCAUUGCUGGUCUGCAUAGGUUAUUAUUAGAGCGUCAGAGUGUGAUAUCAUAUCCUAGCAGCCUUUGUUCCUGAGAGUGCAGAACCAUGUAAAAACAAAACAAAAAAAAAACAGUAUACAAGAAAACGCUGGAGUUAUAGGCAUACCAUCCAAGAAAUACAAAGGUAGACUAUGUACUAAUGCACCUACUAUUUCUGCUCAGUGAUUGGCUUAGAGCAGGGGUUCCCAACCCAGUCCUCAGGUACCCCCUAACAUUCCAGGAUUUAGGGAUUACCCUGUUGUGUCUAAGGUGUUUUUAGAAAGAAAGGGGGGAAAAAAAAACUUUAGACGCAACAGGGUAAUCCCUAAAUCCUGGACUGUUAGGGGGUACUUGAGGACUGGGUUGGGAACAACUGGUUUAGAGCAUCCACUGAUACUGUGAGCCUGUAAUGUUACCUCUUGCUGCAGUGCAGGGAGGAAGGAAGUCAGGAGGCUAAAGUACCAGGUACCAAAGUCUCAAUUUAGAGUUCAAACUGUUGCAAUGUAAAUCACUCCUGUCUCCAUAUCCACUUAAAUGGGAGGAGCAGAAUACUGUCCCUGUAAAUAUGACAUGUCACUAGAAAGCCAUGGAAUGGCACCAGGACGGCAGUGAAAGCUACUUCAGAUGUUUUAGGGCUUUUGCAAGCAAUCGUUGGUCAUUAGAUCUGGUCACAUAUAGUAACGGCAUUUCAGCACUGAAACAGUCAACAAGCUGGUUUGGAAGAAAUCAACAUCACAUAACUAAUGCCAUGCUAUAAUAGAGGGGUCCUCAAACUCCGGCCCCCCAGAUGUUGCUGAACUACAACUCCCAUGAUUCUCUCGCUAUCUAUGUAAUUCAAAGAAUCAUGGGAGUUGUAGUUCAGCAACAUCUGGAGGUCCACAGUUUGAGGACCCCUGCUUUAAUAUUUAUUCUACAUUUCGCAUUUCAUACCGUAUUAUAGUAUUGAUUUAUUUUUGUUCUAAUUAUGUCUGCAUUAAAAUAAGCAAGGCUAAUAUAUUUUUUGUUUGCUGUAUUCAGUAAAAGCACAAUGGGUAAACAAAACAGUCCCUAGAAAACUACACACAAACACACAAAAAACAUUUCUUCAUAUUCUUUACUACAACAACAACAACAAAAAGUUAUGGUGGAAUGGUUUUAUUCAUUUUCUCCUAACGGAAGCUCUUUUUUUAUCUCUUAGAUGACGUUUUGGAAGAAAUACACAUCUAAGGAUUUAACCUCAAGUAAAGGUAAGUGAUACAAAUACAGUAUUGAUGCUCCCCCCGCCUAAAAAGGAUUUCCUUGCACAAAUCAUGCUGCCUUGCGGUCGCCUGCUCCCCAUCAGUUCCUCUAUUUUCUGCUGUGUGGUGGUAAUCAACAAAGUGUCGUGACAGUUAAGAUUAAGAAUCUCAACUGUGACUUAAUAAUAUUAUUAUAUUUUAUUUUUAACACACAAAUAUACUAAUUAAUUUGUUGUGUCACUUAGCCGCACAGCCAGGAAGGGAAAAUGCUGUAAAUUAAUAGAUAUGUUUCUUCCUUGUCUUCUCGGGUAGCACUUGAGAUUGAUGUGGUUGGACUUCUCACGGGACUCAUAUCUGCUGGGACAUUAUUGGUGAUCAUUGGACUUGUUGUCUAUUACGUGUACUCAAUGCGCUGUCACCCAAGGAGACACAUUAAUGUGUAAGUAAAAAUAUUAUGGGAGAGUGAUAGAUGCAGUAAUGCAUAGCAAAUUAAAGUCAGACAAGAAAACAUUAAAAGGGAAGUAACUUCUCUAUUGUUUGCAAAUGAUAUAAAAGAAAUAGUAAUUGUUGUAUAUGUGCACCCCCCUCCUAUGUAAAUGGACCAGUCCCUCAGGGGCAGAGUACUUGUGUGCCUACUUCUUAUUCAUGUAGCAUAAGUCCGGCUUCUAAAGGGACACUAUAGUCACAAAAUAACUUUAGCUUAAUAAAGCAGUUUUUGUGAACAGAUUAUGCCUCUGAAGUUUCACUGCUCAUUUCACUGCCACUGGUGACUCUGUCAGUCGGCACACACGCACUAAAAAAUCGCAGAGGCCCUAGCUACAUGUCGGGAAACCUAAUGAGAGCGACAAGAUUUGAGAAGGAGGGGAAGAGGAGUUCCCAGAACAGGCACACACAGCAAGUAAACCCUACUGCAAACUAACCUACAUAAGCAAUAAUAAAAUACAAUUAAGAAAGGUCGCCAUCAACUCGUGACAAGCCUGGCAUCUCAAGCCCGGGGGACCUGGACUGCUAGGGAGUAUAUGAAGACCAGGACUGCCAUCAGGAGGUACAGACAAUGCACCUGUAAAUGGCCCGGCCACCAUACUAUAAAUGUCUAUAUGUAGUUAAUUUGUUUCCGUUGUCAUUCCUGGGUGUACUCAUCAAUAUAUGUACUCAGUAAUCAUGUUCUGUGUCAGUAUGGAUGAGUGAAGAGUAAAUAAGUGACAUGUUUAUGUUACAUAUACUGGGCAUUAACACCUUAUUGGUUAGUCACAGUUCUAUGGGCCACCUUAGGGUCUUGAUACACCUUGAUGACUCAAUUAAAGAAUCCAUAAAGUCUGACUUUAGUAUCUCCCCAGAUCUUCCAAAGAAAUAUACAAACCCAGGGGAAAUUCUCUAAAAUAUUCACAUUUACAUUAGCCAAGUGAAGUAAAGUCAUCAAUUUUAUCGACUUCCCCCUCUUGCCCCCCAGACAAGGUCCAUACUGAUUGUAUCGCACAAAUCCUCAUUUCCUGUAACAUGGUGAAAAACAAAAUAUCAAACUUCUAUCUCUGUAGGAGUGUAAUCGUUUUGCCUAUGGGACAAAGUUUAUUUGCGCAAUCAUACCUCUAAUAGUAUAUUGUCUGACAUGUUACUAUGACUAUUUGAUAUUUUACUCCCCAAUAUUAUUCUAAUACGUGAAUUUUAGGGCACCUGAUAGGGUUAAAAAAAAAAUAAUAAUUUUUAUUUAGGCUCAUUACCCGAGUUAUUUUAAAAAGCUCUAGAGUUUGUAAUUAACAUGAAAAAAUUACUUGUAGCGGCGAAAGGGUCAAGGUUCCCAUACAGUAAACAUGUAACUUGCAUGCCCCCACAAUGCACUGUGUGACUAUUUAAUGUAUUCUGGGUAUGUCAGAUGAAUACGAGGCAGAUUGUCUACAUUCUAUCUAUAAACCAAAUUUGAUCACACCUCUCUAUUAGAGGCAGAUGCUUACGGACUAUUGUAGAAACCUUUGAGGGUUGAAAUUGAAAAGAGACAAUCGGAAAAUGUUUCACUAACUAUGAAAUGUUCCAACUUGCUAAAACCAACAUGAAACUGGUUAAAUGAAUAUGUUUUUAUUAAAUAUGGAAUAUUAUUGUUCUGUAUAGAUCAGAAGAUACCUGCGAAUGUAGACGUAUUUCACACGUGGCAAGCGGCACAGAGGAAGAGCAUCCAUUACAGCCCAUCUACCUGCCUUCCGUGGAGCUAGGUCCACCACCGUACGACCAAGCAGUGAUUCCCCUAUGUGAUUUACCGCCACCACCCUAUCCAGGGUCUGAGAUAGAUGCAAAAGUCUACAGAAAGUCCUACUCAAUUCCUGCGUCUCAGGAAUUUUAACUCCUCAGUGGGGAUUCAUGAAAUCAUGGGAGAUAAUUAUUCCUUAUUUUACAAGGAGAAAGCAAUCCCUUUAACAGAGCCAUGUACUAAAGGGAACAAGAGGGUGUAUAUGGUAAACAUACCUGAUUGCCAGUGGAAACUUUGCCAAGUGGACCUUAUCUUCCAACAAUGUCACUCUAUGUGGAUGUUCUAGCAUGGCCUGUCUAUGGUCACAAGUUAAUUUGCUGAUGAAUUCGGUGACAUGGAUCGUGACCUAUCGUGAAACCAACGAGUGUAAGAGAUAUUGGGCUGCUAUUUCGUUUGUAAAAGUGGUGCACUCUAACUGUGGUUGGAAUAGGAUUCUAGAGCAUGAUGGAUCCCAGAAAUCUAAACACAGUAAUUUAUCUUAAAGAGAGAGAGAGAAUUUGACGCAUAAAGCGAUUUUGGUUAUAAUGAUUAUUUUUUUUAUAAUUAUGGGCAUAUUAACUAUACCAUAAGUUAGGCAGUUUUAUACCACUAAGAAUGUAACCGUUCUAAGGAGUAGUAUAUUUAUUGUUAGUGUAGCACAACCCUUACGCCUUUUUACAUGACGUAACUGACCACACGCAACGUACUGCACCCAAAAUGCACAGGCUGCAUUCUGAUAUGUAAAGGAUAAUGCUACUUGUAGGGAAGUGUGCUCUUAGAUAAAUAUUGCUGAUGAUGUUCUUUGGAAUGAUAAAUAAAUCACAGCUAUGGUGUUUAUUCACUGUGUCUUGAGCUGACAAACGUUUAAAAUUAGCCAAGUUGGAAAAAUCUCCUACAUUUAUUUAUUUCAGCUCUGCUGUUUUGGACGGUAUUUUACAAGUAUGUUGCCAACUAGCUUCAGUUCACAGUUUAAUGAAUAAUCCAUUUAAUACAGACAAAUAGUUACUUUGCCAUCUAACUGCAACCUAAAUCAUGUGCAAAUUGAUUGACAAGUGCAUAAAGACGACGACAUUAGCUGCGGAAUCUAAACAAGAAUUAAAAACAAACUUUAAAAAGUAGUACAAUUAUUGAUUGUAAAAUUGCUGCAGUUCUAAGCCACCCACAGAACUGAGAGUUGGCUCAGGAUGCUUUACGCAGUAUCACCUUAAUACUACAAAGUGGUGAUGGUGCUUAUGUGACCCUUUAUUAAACAUUUAAAGAAAAUGAAUUGCAUUACAUUUGAAAAAAAUUAAUUUCUAGUGAUUUUCGCUAUUUUAAUAGUGUAAUUUCCUGAAAAGUAUUAGUUCCUCUGUACACACACCCCAACCUGCAGGCUUUGGUGUAACUGUAAGGGAAUCUCACGAUGAUUAUAAAAAGCUAAUGCACGUCUAUUAUUAACUUCAGAUAGCUGCAAUUGUCUUCUAAUUUAGCAGAGUACAGACUGAAGGAAAAUCCUCCUUUAAAUACUAUACAUUGUUCUAAAACUGUUCUGUGUGAUCUAAUCCAUCCAGCUCAAUAUUUGUCAGACUUCUAUUGAGAAAGUAGGACGACUUACUGAUCUGGAAUGUUUUUGUCCUUAAAUGCACGACAAGCAGAGGCUUGCAGCUCAACCAGAACCAUGAGAAUUAUUUUCAGGCUAAUCAAUCAUAAAAAAAAGACCAAAAAAACAUCAUUGAGCAUUUGUGGAUAAAUACAAGUGUGUAUGUAUGUCUUAUUCUGUGACAGCUAGAUUAACCCCUUAACUUCCAAGUGGUAGCAUACCACCGUCCAUUGAGUGGGUCUCCAAAUGAAGGUAUGUGGAAAGAAAAGAUAUAUCUCUGAUCACUGUCAGAGAUAUUCACUCAGGUUAGCAUUGUGCAUUACAAAUGCAAAAAAAAGAAUUAAAAAUGAUUUUUCAGUUUUAGGCCACACUUUGUCUAUGAGUAAGUCCGAUCAGGUAAUUACUGUGUCAGGUGUACAGAUGUGUUCUUGCUGAAGUGUCUUCAAUAAAGUUGGCUUUUUUUUUCUUACCUUCAUUGUUUGAG